AUGGCGAUGGAACAACUUUCCAUCAGUCCAUAUUCGUUACCUAGUCCGCAAGGAAUUCCUCCAGCAGUUUUCAGACACGGUGCCAUCACUCCUACGAGGGUGACUCCAGCUGACAUCAUCAAUGAUAACAUUUCGUAUGCGAGCUUCCGCCAUUCCAUGGAAAUCCCGACGCAUUAUCAAGAUCCUACAUUGUAUGCAUUUCAGGACAACGUGGCUCAUCACACUCAGGGACAUCAGGGUUCUAUAUCUGCCAGUGGUUUCUUCGAUAAUCAUUCCUCAAACGACUUUGCUGGACAAUUGAACUACACCCCUGAGACUCAGUUUGAGACUGGCCAUCAUUUUCAUCAUCCACCUUGUUAUGGCCCUGGGGAUCAUCAAGUGCCAAAGCAAAGGCUCGUUGCUAUCCCGUCCUCUGAAUGCCUGAAGCCCGGAUCGGUUAAUCCUAUACCUCUGACAGAAGACGGUCAAUUAUCUUCAGGCACCGAGCUACAAAAGCCUUUCGAACCAACUCCUCCCGAGAGAAAGGCUCUUCACAUUGAUACCACAGGAUUGAAUAUUGGAUUAGGCCGUCCCCAUUCUCCCAGCGCAAGUUCCUAUGCGCAGAGCACUCGCGGAAGUAUCAUACUGAAAGAGUCCCCGGUAUUGCGUCGACGAGGUUCCAAAGAAGAAGUGCCAGAUCUCUCGCCGUCUGUGAGCACCGUUCCAUCAAACGAACGGUGUUUGACAUCUAGCCUUUUGCCUGCUCAAGAGCAACAGAUUUGUCGAUCAUCGCUACACAGUCCCAUCUUAUUAUCUCCUACUGUGUCUGUGCGUAGUGGGCGUAGCACCGCCUCCGUCGUUCAGUCAUCUACACCCAAUACCCCUUCCUCUGGCUCUGUUCGCUCCGACCUCUUGGUAUCACCCCUAGGGAUCAAUAGCCAUAGCGCCAACACCAUUGAUCAUUCCAAGCUAGUUCAGCGGCAUUCUCGCUCCUCUACCUCUUCGCGUUCUAGAGGUUCUCCCUGUUCCACUACUCUUGAACAUCAUCCCUCCAUUACCGGCAAGCGUGCUUCACCUCUCCAUAACAAAAUCCCUUCUCCGUGGACUCCUUCCUCCUCUUCACCACUUCAACUGUAUGAAGAAAGACUGCCUUCUCUUGACGAAAACGCAAUCCAUGAUGUCACCUUUUGCGAACCCUCGACCCGCCAAGUACCAAAUCAAUUGGAUGAGGACUUGAACAAUGAAUCAAGCAGCGGAAUCAAAUCAAGACUUAGCAUCGCGUCCUUCAGUCUAACUCAGGAUAAAACCGCCAUCAAGACUUACAGGAGAAUGGCGAUCAAGACCCGCAGCAUAGAAGUUCAAAUGGCGUACACGAAAUAUUUAUUUGAGAUCGCCAAUCUCUAUCAUCAAGGCAAAAACGAGAAGCGUACUACUACCGCCUCCACUAUAAGACAUCGACUUUUAGCUGAAGCUGGAUUCUGGAUCGAGAAGCUUGCUAAAGCGGGCCAUCCGGAAGCUCUGUAUAUCAAAGGAUGUUGGCAUCUCCAUCCUCACUCUAGCGACUGUGUUGGUGUGGGUUACGAUAAAGUAAACCUUCAAAAAGCGUUUCGAUGCUUGCAAGCGGCUGCCAAAGCAGGAUGGAGCGAAGCAAACUUUGAAUUGGCCUUAUGCUGGAAAAAAAGAGGAAAUUUUGCAAAAGCCGUGGCAUGCUACAAAAAUGGUGCUUCCAAGGGUCAUACGUUAUGCACUUAUAAACUUGCCAAAAUCUUCCUUCGGGGGCAACUGCAGCAAAAGAGAAAUGUGACCGAUGGUUUGACUUGGCUGAAAAAGGCCGCCGACGCACAGGACUGCGAUAGCGCAGAAGCUGCUUUUGUUCUGAGUUGUAUCUAUGCCAACCAAUUCGAUUGUAUAUCCAUGCAAAGAGAUUCUUCUUUUCCAGCACAAGAUGAUUCACUCUCACUACAAUACCUGCGCAAAGCCGUCAACCUUGGUUAUAUCGAUGCCAUCUACCGCAUGGGUCAUAUUUACAAGCAGGGAGCUCUUGGUCAACCUUGCGAUCCUUGGCAAGGAUUCCAAUACUUUGUGAAAGCCGCAGAAAAAGACCACGAAGGCGCCAAGCUAGAAUUAUCGGCAAUGUAUAUGGAAGGCAUUCGCGGAUAUCUUGCACCUCAGCACGAUAUGGCAUACAAAUGGUGUACCAGCGCCGCCGAUGGAGGUUGUUUACGAGCGCAAUACAUGUUAGGCACUUACUAUGAAGAAGGAAUUGGUGUUAGCAAAGAUUACGCGCGCGCCCUGGAAUUUUUUAGCAAGGCGGCUUCCAUGGGAUAUCAACCGGCCGCUGAAAAACUGAAUCGUCCAGUGACAAUGCCAGCAAAAACGGUGGCGACUGCCAAGAGUGCUCAAGUCGAUGAUGAAAUCGAUACCCGAUCAACACCUAAAAAGUCUGAUGCCAACUGUUUCCUUAUGUAA